AUGGAGGUGGCCGAUUUCCCAGCUGUAAAACGCGUCGAGCGGAAAUUCGUGUUAGCAUACCAUCCAGACUGGUGUGGAAAAUUCAGCUGUGAACGCUUUGCAAAGGCAUCAGUGCUGCAUCUGUUUCAUCGAAACUCGUCGAAGCAUGAGUUAGAGGUACAACGUCGAGAAGAAAACGGCACAGCGUUUGCAACCAAUUCCGAAAUGCGCCAAAGGAAGUGUUUAGUUAGAAUGAUUACUUGUGGCGCGCUGGCAUGCCGCAUUGGCUGUGCGUUGAUAAAUGACACGCAUUCUCCAGCAAGGUGCUCCGACACAAAACUUAUACAAUUUCUGCCAAAGCGUGCUGAAAUGUCACGAAGGAAAUGUUUGGUUAGGAUCGAAACUGAGUUCACGACGAAUCUCUACGGCACACGGCCAUCGUCGGCUAUUCGGAUGAGCAUAUCGAAGCGCAAUGAAAGGUCAAGCCGAUCUUUGUGUAUUUUUGAA